GCGGUUUGCUUUCGGUCGUUGCGUUUCCUCUUCUCCCCCCCCAAUUCCCUCCUCAAUCAGACAUCACAAUGCAGCUGUGGCACUCUCUCCUUCAGCUGUCCGUGCUGGCUUCGACCGCCCUGCCGACCGCUGUAGCUGCUUCCGCGUGGGGAUUCACUGAUGCCACCGUGUCAGUUCACACCAAAGGCGCUGGCGUCGGCGCUGGAUUCAAGGAAGCAAUUCCCGACAACAAAGCUCUCUCCAAGCCGGUCUCCCUCGGAUCUGCCGACACCUUGAAGGUGACUUUGACAGCCCAGGAAGGCCGCACCGCCAAACGCGCGCACCAGGUUUUCCUCUUUCUUCAGGACUCUGAGACCGGAUUGGAUAUCUCCUAUCCCUUCAGCGUGAAGGAUAAUGGCAAAUCCAGAAUUGAGCUGACCCAGAAGGACUUGCCCGUUCAAUUCCUUUCCGUCUCCGAACCCCUCGAUGCGCGAGUCCUGAUCGGAUCCUUUGGCGAGGCCGACGCCUACAACGGAGCUGCAUUCAAGCUGACGGUGGCCCGGAACCCCGACGAGCCUGUACCCACCGUCGAGUCGUCGCGCUACGGAAAGCUUCCGGAGAUCCACCACAUCUUCAAGACCGAUGCUCAGAGUCCUCCCUUGGUCAUCACCUUGGUCUUCCUCGCUCUGGUGCUUGCUGCCCUUCCGGUUCUGGGCGGAGUGGUAAGUUGUUCUUCUCUGCUGCCGCCUCGAUGGAGGGCUAAUUCUCCUCUGAUACAGUGGCUGGUCCUCGGCGUCAACUUGAACCACCUCCCUACUGCCUUCAAGUCGGCUCCCCUUCCCCACGCAGUCUUCCUCGGCUCCCUCUUCUCCAUCCAGGGCAUCUUCUUCUUGUACUAUACCUCCUGGAACCUUUUCCAGAUCCUUCCUGCUGUCGCGGUGGCUGGUACCGUCGCAUUCGUCAGCGGCAGCCGUGCUCUCGGUGAGGUCCAGGGCAGACGGCUUGCCGGCCUGCGGUAAAUUGCUCAGUGUUGCGGGUCGAGAGUCUGGGUGUGGCAUUAUCGGUUGUUUGGGUGUAUCCGACGUCAUCUAGCUCGUGGUCGGAUGACUAGUUGUAUCAGUGUAGAAGAAAAGUGUACAUUCCAGCUAUCAAAUCCUGCAGGACGACACCAACCUCAUAGCCGUUAGCAGUACCCCGUAUCUUAGUUUACAUAUAAAAACAUCGGAAAUGGCUGACGUCAUCCGCGCGGCUAGUGUGUAACCCCGAUCGGGUUAGCCUGACAGAUCGGAUCCUCUGCAGAAGAGACGCAACGGCGG